GGUGCAGAUUUAGUAAUUUCUUGAAAAUUUGAUACCCAUUCUUCCAUAGAGACACACAAGCAACAGAAGAAGUAUUUUGUUGGGAAAGUCAAAACACAAAAAAUUCUCUCAAACAAUGGCGUGUUGCUUAGCUUCGUGUUGUGCGUCGGCGACUUGUGGAUUAUGCUCGUCGGUGGCAUCGGGGAUAACGAGGAAAUCUGCGAGGAUCGCUUAUUGUGGUCUCUUUGGUGCUUCUCUUGUCGUCUCCUGGAUUCUUCGUGAGACUGGUGCUCCGCUCCUCGAGAAACUCCCUUGGAUCAACACUUCUGAUUCAUAUUCCAAAGAAUGGUACCAGCAGCAAGCUGUUCUUCGUGUGAGCUUUGGGAAUUUCCUUUUCUUUGCUAUAUAUGCUUUGAUCAUGAUUGGUGUGAAGGACCAGAACGACAGGCGUGACUCAUGGCACCAUGGUGGAUGGGGUUUGAAGAUGAUCGCCUGGUUUUUGCUUGUUGUCCUCAUGUUUUUUGUUCCAAAUGUUAUCGUCUCAAUCUAUGGAACUUUGUCAAAGUUUGGUGCUGGAGCGUUUCUGUUGGUUCAAGUGGUCUUAUUGUUAGAUGCUACACAUAACUGGAAUGAUUCAUGGGUCGAAAAGGAUGAAAAAAAGUGGUACAUCGCUCUGCUUGUCAUAUCAAUCGUGUGUUACAUUGCUACAUAUGCCUUCUCAGGAAUCCUGUUCAUCUGGUUCAACCCAUCUGGUCAGGAUUGUGGACUUAAUGUUUUCUUCAUCGUUGUGCCGAUGAUCUUGGCCUUUGUUUUUGCUAUUAUUGCUUUACAUCCUGCGGUGAACGGCAGUCUUUUACCGGCAUCAGUUAUUUCGGUUUACUGUGCUUAUGUUUGUUACACGGGUCUCUCUAGCGAACCACAUGACUAUGUGUGCAAUGGACUUAACAAAUCCAAGGCAGUGAACGCAAGUACACUCAUCCUCGGAAUGCUCACUACAGUUCUCUCGGUUCUAUACUCCGCCCUCCGAGCCGGCUCUUCCACCACAUUUCUCUCACCACCGUCUUCCCCCAGAUCAGGUGUGAAGGAUUCAUUGUUAGAGGACCCCGAGGACGGGAAGAAGAAGAGUGGUGAAGCAGAGGCACGACCUGUGAGUUACUCAUACUCCUUCUUCCAUAUCAUCUUUGCGCUUGCGAGCAUGUACGCUGCAAUGCUUCUCUCGGGAUGGACCGACUCAUCAGAGAGUGCGACUCUGAUCGAUGUGGGAUGGACCUCGGUCUGGGUCAAGAUAUGCACCGGUUGGGUCACAGCCGUACUCUACAUAUGGACACUCAUUGCACCGCUCAUCCUUCCUGAUCGCGAGUUCUACUAAAUACUGUAGAUGGUAAAACGUAUAUAGUCCGGUCCGUUGAAUGUUAUGUAUAUGUUUAUGUAGUCACUUAAAAGUGGGUAUGGUCUUGUAAUGGAAAUAGCUCGUGUCACGUUUCUAGACUUGUAAUCGAAGAAACCUGAAUGUUGUUUGAAUGGUUGUGUUGUUUUUAUGAUAAAUAGUAGGCCACUAAAUUUGGACUA